CAUGACGUCACAUUUCUGCGACCGCAGUAUAAGAAGGACCUCAGCGAUGCACGCGGGUCGGACGGUCAUAGCUUUUGGAAAAUUCACUUCACAUUUGUCAUUUUUACUUGGCCUUGAAGCGACGAGACAUUCCGUAAAUAAAUCUAUAUACGUUCUGCACAGUAUUGUGCUAUGGAAUUUCCGUAAAAGUUGUCAACGAGGUCGUAAUAAACAUUCAGUUGAAAAAUUAUUACCUGGUCAUCGGUCACGGAAGAAACAGCAACUUAACGCCACAGUUCGUAGUCUGUCCUCUAUGGAGCUGGCAGCAGCCACGCAGGUGAAAAAAGGCAGUCCCGUGUCUGCAGAGGGAAUCGCGCUGGGAGACUCCAAGGUAACCGGCAAACGUAAAAAUGACGAGCCGAGCGGCUCGGCCAAGAGAUCGAGAGGAGCCCGAGGAAAGAAGCUCCGUCCCGGGGAGAGAUACGUGCCUCCACCGCAGAAGCGGAACCCGGGUGUCAGUUUCAGCCAAGAACAUUUCGACGAGACCUCGUACUACUUCGAGGACGGCCUGCGCAAAGUGCGCCCCUAUUACUUUGACUUCAAGACCUACUGCAAAGGUCGCUGGGUAGGGAAGAGCCUUCUGGAAGUUUUUGAGAGUGAGUUCCGAGCAGAGUCCAUUGAGUAUUACCAGAGCGCAGUCAAAGAGGGUCGCAUCCGCUUGAAUGAGACCCCCGUGGAGGAUCUGUCUGUGGUACUAAAGAACAAUGACCACAUUAAGAACACCGUCCACCGUCACGAGCCCCCUGUAGUCGCCAAGCCUCUAGAGGUCCUGCUGGAUGACGGGGAAGUCCUUGUGGUCGACAAGCCCGCCUCCAUACCGGUCCACCCGUGCGGCCGUUUCCGACAUAACACAGUGAUAUUCAUCCUCGGCAAAGAGCGGGGCCUUUCGGAGCUGCACACGGUCCAUAGAUUGGACCGACUCACCUCGGGAGUGUUGCUCUUUGCCAGGACUCUUGAGGUCUCGAAGAAACUAGAUCAGCUGGUGAGAGACAGGAAGCUUGAAAAGGAGUACGUGUGCCGAGUGGAAGGUGAGUUUCCAGAGGGUGAGUUGGUCUGCGAGGAGCCCAUCCUGGUCGUGUCCUUUAAAAUCGGUCUCUGCCGCGUCGACCCGAAGGGGAAGGAGUGUCGGACUGUGUUCCAAAGACUUAGCUUUAAUGGCAAGAGCAGUGUGGUGCGCUGUUUGCCCCUAACUGGCCGUACCCAUCAGAUCAGGGUGCACCUUCAGUACCUGGGCUUCCCCAUCCUCCGCGAUCCCAUCUACGGCGCCUCUGCCUGGGGUCCUCACAGGGGCAAGGGGGCUUUAGUGGGAAAGAGUGACGAGGAGCUCCUCAAAGCUCUGGUGGAAGAACAUCAGGCUCAGGAGAGCCUCCACCUGCUGGAUGGAUCUGACAACGGGACCAUCUUGUCACAAGAGGGACAGAAGGAUAAUAAACUACAAGAUGGAUCUUGUAAAGCUGAGACGCGUGAUGAAAGUAUACUACAGGGCACUGUAAAGGUGGCGGAAUGUUCUUCAGAAGUUAGCAGUGACAAGACCAUAACCAAAGACUCUCGUGUUGCUUUUCCAGAUAAAUCACAGGGAGACCGAAUGCAGACGUCAACAGACCCCCUGUGUAGUGAGUGCAAACUAGUACGAGCUGACCCCACUGAAAAAGAGCUCAUCAUGUACCUACACGCCUUACGGUAUAAAGGACCAGACUUUGAAUAUUCUACACAGUUACCUGACUGGGCUAAAGAGGAUUGGUUGGAAGUAGACUGAUGGCAAGAACACCACUGAAGUUGUCUUUAAAAUUGCUUUCCACAUUAAACCGAUGAGACUUUU